CGUGGCGUUUUGCACAUAUUCGAAAUAAUUUUUUUAGUCGGCUUAAGUAAAAUAUUCAAUUCUGACAGAAAGAAGGAUCAUCAAAUCGCAUCGAAUCUCUUUUGUACAUGUCCUUCAGGUCUGGUCUUUGGGCUGGUUUGGUUCAUCUGUAGGCAGAUUAUUAUUCGCCCCUAUCGUUUAAUUCUGCUAUGUGUAGGUAAGGUAGGUAGUGACGAAGACAAGUUAAGUAUUACAUAGGGCAGCGUCUCUUCUUCUCUGCCAGUACCGGUUUUGCCUGCCUGUAGUUGCAUCGCAUUGUGUUGGAGUCGAUCGAGGCGAGGCAUCUUAUUAUUAUUUACUCGGAUAAUAAUUUAGAUAGUGGGGCUAGGGUUAUAAUACUUUCUUAAGGGGAUAUACACUAGAUAGUUACUUACUACAAGGGACAUUUCCUGUCUUGUGACUGUGAGCCCCAAGAGAAAAGUUGCUUGAUUCAGUUACUGGCUGGCUGAGAGAAGAGAUGAGAAGUUGAGGCCAAGUAAGCAAUUUGCAUUGGUAAAGUUACAUUGAAAAGCGUAGAAAUUGAAGUUUCGGAAAUAGUUUCGCCAACGAGAAACCCAACACGAACGACCGAUUCGAUUUAUCGUGUAUCUAUCAGAAGUGUGAAUCUAACAAGAAAACUCGAUCGUUAAAUGGACAUGAGAAUUGUCACUAGUUUGUGGACACGACAAAAACAUCAACAAAUUGAAAAUUGAUUAGUCCUCCUUCGCAGUCGUGCAGAGUGUGCAUGCGGUGAGAAAGAGAGAGCAUUUCGGAAGAAUAAAAUAGUUACACAAUCCAUUUGCUGGAUUCAUUCGUCGUUCGCGUCUCCACAAAGUAAUAAGCCAAAAGCUGCUUCUUUUUCCUUUUUCGGAGAAGAGAAAGCUGGUGAUAUUUGGAUAGCAAGGUUGUCUUGUCAGUGGUGUGUGGUAGAAAAGUGCUGUUACAACAAGUGACAGUUGUGUGCCGGAACAACCACCUUGUCGCCUAUUAUUUCGUGUCUCUCCUCGCUCUGGCUGAUAAAUAUUUUGUCAAUUGCUGGAUUGGAUAGUUACUUAUAAUUCAAUCCACCAACCUCUGGAAUAAUGUCGCCUGUACCCACAUCGACUAAGACGCUGACGGCGUCUGAAGAUUUGACGCCGGAUGUGUCCAUCAAAUCGAAUGGAAUAUCGAACGGAAAAGGGAAAGUGAUCAGCAAUGGGAACGGUGUUAAGAACGGAUAUUCAAACGGGGUGCAAAAACCCAAAGUCAAAUUCUAUGAAGGAAUACAUAAAGAUUUUGUCAAGUGUCAAAGUCCGGAAGAGGAGGAAUUGAUGUAUGCUAACACUCCUGUGAAAAUCGUAUGGAGAAACGUUGCCAUCUUUGCCUACUUGCAUGCUUUUGCUGCCUAUGGAGCUUACCUUUGGUUAAGUGGCCAAGUGAUGUGGCAAACAUUCCUUUGGGGUUUCCAUUACUAUAUCAUGAGUGGGUUUGGAAUCACUGCGGGGACUCAUCGCUAUUGGGCCCAUAAAUCGUACAAAGCGAAAAUGCCUCUACAAAUUUUUCUUGCCUACAUGCAAACCAUUGCAUUCCAGAACAGCAUCCACGAAUGGUGUCGAGAUCAUCGACUUCACCACAAAUACACCGAGACCAACGCGGACCCCCACAAUGCGAAGCGGGGCUUCUUUUUCGCCCACAUGGGGUGGUUAAUGGCAAGGAAGCAUGAGGCGAUCAAGAUUAAAGGAAAGGGACUGGACAUGUCGGACUUGGAAGCUGACCCAGUUGUUAUGUUUCAAAAGAAAUGGUACCUUCUGCUCGUUUUGUUUGGAUGUUUUGUAAUUCCAACGUUGGUCCCUUGGAUCUUUUGGGGAGAAUCUCUCAAAGUGGCGUUCUUCUUUGCUGCAAUGUUCCGAUAUUGCGCCACUCUACAUUGCACUUGGUUAGUGAAUUCAGCAGCACAUUUGUGGGGACCAAGACCUUAUGAUAAUCGAAUCAACCCUGCCGAGAACAAGACAGUAUCCUGGUGGGCAUUUGGUGAAGGCUGGCAUAACUAUCAUCACGUGUUCCCUUGGGAUUACAAGACUGCCGAAGUUGGAGUUUACCGAUACAAUUUUUCUGCAGCUUUUAUAGAUUUCUUUGCAAAAAUUGGAUGGGCUUAUGACCUGAAAACCGUUCCUGAACACAUUGUUAAAGCUCGCGUUGCCCGAACUGGAGAUGGAACUCAUGAGGAAUUUCAUGGAGGGCCAUGGGGUUGGGGUGACAAUGACAUUGCCGUCGAAGCUGUCGAGGUCACGGAAACUCUUUAUGCUCAAGACAAAAAAUCCGAGUAAAGAAGAAUAUUAUACCAAAUUUUAUUUGCUAUCCUCGUCGUCUCAUUAAUUACAAAAUACAAAACUUAUUGUAAUUCUAUUCUAAUCAAACUCUGGCUUUUGUGAUUAUACUACGUUCGACCUUGUCACAAAAAAACUUAAAAACUGCCAGUUUAAUCUGUGGAUAAAAUUACUGCCUGUUAAAUAUGUACACACAUUCUGCUAUCUCUAUAUUCCUACACUAUAAAAACUAACAAAAAAACAAGCUAUCUUAUUUUGUUGGUUACCACUACAUAUAAGUAAAAAAAGGUACUAUUAAUAGUUUACGUAGUACUGAUUCUUGUAAAAUUAUUAGCGUGUAGCCAUCAAACUUGUUAAACAUUCCAAGCCCAAAUGUACUCAGUUUUCUAUUUGACUCGGUACUCGGUUGGGAAUGACUUCAAAGACUAAACUUUGAAACAUUUGAUUGUCAAAGUUCAUUAAAUGUGGUGCAAAGUAAAACAUACCGACCUUUCUUAACUGGCCAUUAUAUAUCUGAUCUAAAGAACGUGUUUACAACGAGUUCUGGUAAGAAAUAGUUUUUGAGAGAUUUUUUUUGUUAUUUAACUUUGACAAAAUACUGGUGUUCGAGGACAAUCAUAAUGCUUUAAAAAAAUGAAAGCUGAAUAGAUGAAUGUAUUCGCACCUAUAUAAUAAUUAUUAAUUAGUUGUGUUAUAAUAUUUAAAACCUCUAGCUUUAUUCCGUAGUUUUAAAAAUGACUAGUAGUUUAUAAAAGUUGUUGUUAAUUAGUUAAUCAUCUUGAGUUGUUGAAAUGAUACUGGACCAUGUAAUGUAUUUAUACGUGUGAUGCUGAUUUAACGAUGGUGAUUGCAUAAUGUGGAUCUGAAAUAAGAUACAAAUAUAUGUACAUAUUAUAAAGAAAGGUGGUGUAAAACAUGUUGUGCUUUCCAUACCAGUGAUUUCACUCUCUUCCUAUGAAAAAAUGGUUAAUAAAAAUAUAUGUGAAAUUAAUUAUA